AUGUUUACGGUAGUCUUGUUGUUCAUUUGCUGGAGACGGUCUUUUUCCAUCUAUCAACAUAUCCAGGAUCGUGUUAUCCAAGAACUGGACGAAAUCUUUGGAGACAGUGACAGACCUGCAACAUUCCAAGACACUUUAGAAAUGAAUUAUUUGGAAAGAUGUUUGAUGGAGACUUUGAUCAUUGCCAGACAGAUUCAGAAAGACUUAAAAUUAGUUAAAAGAGUACAAAUCCAUGGUGAUUUCGUGGUUCCUGCCGGAUGCACAGUGAUAGUCGGAACAUACAAAAUGCACAGAAUGCCGGAACACUUCCCGAAUCCGGACGUAUUCGAUCCGGACAACUUUAUUCCGGAGCGAACUGUCAAUAGGCACUAUUACGCCUAUUACCAAUUUUCUUUUCCUCCACGUCGCAAAUACGCAAUGUUAAAACUGAAGAUAAUCUUGAUGACGAUCCUUCGUAAUUUCCGCGUCCACAGCGAUUUAACCGAAAAGGACUUCAGGCUUCAGGCCGACAUCAUCCUGAAACGAGCCGAAGGAUUCAAGUUGCGCCUGACACCCCGGAAACCCGGAAGUUCUGUCAGGACAUUGAAAGCGUAA